AUGGGUGCGUUAUGCGGCGGAGAUCUCACCAUCUUCCCCCUCCUUGCGCGCGCGAUGAUCCGCGAGGGCAUCAUCUGGGGCGAAUUCUGGACCGCUGAAGAGGACGGAGAGCUAGUCGGUUUCAUGACCUGGACUCCGCCCGGCGUCGAGCCCAAUAUCCCCAGGGACGAACGCGCGAAAGUUAACGCGGAGUUUGUUGAAGCGCUCUCAGAGGAGGGCAAAGCUUAUUCUCGCACCGCGGUACGAGAGGACUUUCACAAUUUCGUCGCACAGUGCGUUGGGGAGAAGGGCAAGGAUGGCGGAUGGUGGCUCCGCGUUGCAAUGGUUCGACCCGACAAGCAAGGGCAAGGCAUCGCUCGCAAGCUGUUCGAGCCCAUGCGCAGGAAGGCAGCAGAGCGCGAUGAACAUAUCGCCUGCACCACGACUACACUCCGUAAUGUCGAGAUCUACAAGGCGCUCGGUUUUGAACACCGUGGCUCUCAUACGUUCCCUUGCAAAUGGGGUGACUGGUCAUUGUAUGCGCUAUACAUGAAACCGUGA